AUGGCAGCCCGCCAGUACCUUUGUUUCCUCUGUGUGACAGGAAGUUUAGACCUGACCAGAUUCACUAGAGAUGUUGUCAACCUUUCUCCGGAACCUGAAGGAACCAAAAAACAACAUGUGAGCACCAGCAGCCCAGCGAACGUCUCAAAGUCUUCAUCAGCUCCCACAGAGAAAACAACUGAACCACAACCAGAGCCCACAUCCACUGCAGCAUCCACAGCGACAUCUUUCCGAUCCGUAACCGAGAAAACCACCCAUCAAGCUGAUGACUGGAAUACAAAGUGGGACGAUGGUUUCAGCUAUGAUUAUGAAUCCCUGCGCCACGCUGGCCUGGCCAUCGCAGCAGUGCUCUUCAUCAUGGGCAUAAUGGUCAUUAGCUGUGGCAAGGUCUGUCGGUCGCCCAAGUGUUGCAAGAGGUCUUCAAGGUCAUAUCGAGUGGACCGAAGAUGAAGAGAGAAAGA